AUGGGUUGUGGCGGAUCGAAGCAGGAGGUGGCGACAGGGGCGACGCUAAGUGUCCGCCGCCGUCUGAGGAAGAAGCCCGACUCCGCCGCCGUCACCGGCGGCGCCGCCCAUCCUUCUCCUCCUCUUUCUCCGGCCGCCGACGUCAAGGACAUCACCGUCAACACGGACGGAGAGGCGGCGGUUGACCUCGUGGGGAGCUCCCCCGACAGGUACUUCUCGUGGAGAAAGGACGACGAGUCGGUGGACGCCAUCACCGGAGCGCAGUACUUCUCUCCCCGCUGCGAGCCCCACGGCGAGGAGACCGGAGAUAAGGAGGCCCCGCUGCCGGCCAUGGAAGGAGCUGCAGGUGAUGCCGCCGACGGGCCCAAAUCUCCGGCGGGCGUGCCCAUCAGCUCUGCCUCCGCCGCCAAUGGUUCCUCUCCAGUGGGAGAAAGUGGUACGUACCCGAUUUAAGGAGACAAGUAUAGACCACUAUCUACGGCGUGUGAUUAAUCAUUAAAACUAUGAGCUAGAACAUUCUUGAAGAAAACUGGCGUGAGGAUUUGAAACCCUAAAACGAUUGUUUCUAGAAGCAUAGAGAAAAUUAUGGAUACAUAGAUUGUUUCAUGUAUAGAAUAGAACACAAGCAAUUUAGUUGAUUUAUCCUGAGUUAAAAGAUACAAUUCCCUAGAAAAAUGAUGACAUUGUGAACUAGAAUCCUUUAGUGUUCUAUUUAUUGAAGUAGAGAGGGAAUCAUUGAUAAUUAUAUUAAUUUAUAGAGAUAAUAGAAUACAAAAUAUAACUAAUACAAUUGAUUUUGAGUAAGAAGAGAUAAAAAAUUGAUAUAAAGUAAAAUGUUGAAAAAUAUAAUCAAAGACUAAGAUAAACUCUAUUGUCAUUUUGUCUCUACAGGGGAGUUAAAUAGUAAUGCAAAGGUGAAAGAACCCCUUUUGAUUGAAGAAACAAAGGUGGAGCAAGUCAUCAUUGUGAAGAAGAGAAACAUCAACACUAGUGAGAUUGUGGCUGACGUUUCAGACCACUAA